AGCAAUUUUUGAUGAAUCUGCCAAAAAGGAUGAGGAGGUAUUUCGUAUGGCAGUUGCUGACCUCAAUCAGAAUGAUGAAAUCUUACAAACUGAGAAAAUCACUUGUUCUGUGACAUUUGUGGAUGGCAACAACCCAUUCCAGGCAGUUCAAGAAGCCUGUGACCUUAUGAACCAAGGCAUUCUGGCCCUUGUCAGCUCCAUUGGCUGCACGUCAGCAGGAUCCCUGCAGUCCUUGGCAGAUGCCAUGCACAUCCCUCACCUCUUCAUCCAGCGUUCAACAGCUGGGACUCCAAGGAGUGGAUGUGGGCUCACCCGGAGCAACCGAAAUGACGACUACACCCUCUCUGUCCGCCCGCCUGUCUAUCUAAAUGAUGUCAUUUUGAGGGUGGUCACAGAAUAUGCCUGGCAAAAAUUCAUUAUUUUCUACGAUAGUGAAUAUGAUAUCCGUGGAAUACAAGAGUUUUUGGACAAAGUGUCUCAGCAGGGAAUGGAUGUAGCACUGCAGAAAGUAGAGAACAACAUCAAUAAAAUGAUCACGGGGCUGUUUUCCACCAUGAGAAUAGAAGAACUAAAUCGCUACCGGGACACUCUGAGGAGGGCCAUUCUUGUAAUGAAACCAUCAACAGCCAAGUCCUUCAUUACAGAGGUCGUGGAAACUAAUUUGGUUGCUUUUGACUGUCACUGGAUCAUUAUAAAUGAGGAAAUAAAUGAUGUGGAUGUGCAGGAGUUAGUGAGAAGGUCAAUUGGAAGGUUAACAAUUAUUCGACAGACGUUUCCAGUUCCACAAAACAUAAGUCAGCGCUGUUUCCGUGGCAACCACCGAAUAUCUUCAUCACUAUGUGAUCCUAAGGACCCUUUCUCCCAGAGCAUGGAGAUUUCAAACCUCUACAUAUAUGACACUGUGCUGUUGCUGGCUAAUGCUUUUCAUAAGAAGUUAGAGGACCGGAAGUGGCAUAGCAUGGCCAGCCUGACCUGUAUCAGAAAGAAUUCCAAACCCUGGCAAGGCGGGCGAUCCAUGUUGGAUACCAUAAAAAAGGGAGGAGUGAAUGGUUUGACUGGAGAACUGGAAUUUGCAGAAAAUGGAGGGAAUCCCAAUGUUCAUUUUGAAAUUUUGGGGACCAAUUAUGGAGAAGAUCUUGGCCGAGGCAUCCGCAAGCUUGGCUGCUGGAAUCCUGUCACAGGUCUGAAUGGGUCACUAACAGACAGAAAGUUGGAGAAUAACAUGCGUGGGGUGGUUCUGCGUGUGGUGACUGUACUGGAAGAGCCAUUUGUGAUGGUAUCCGAAAAUGUUUUGGGGAAACCGAAGAAAUACCAGGGCUUCUCAAUAGAUGUCUUGGAAGCCUUAGCCAAUUAUCUUGGCUUUAAAUAUGAAAUUUAUGUUGCACCAGACCACAAGUAUGGAAGCCCCCAGGAGGAUGGGUCAUGGAAUGGACUGAUAGGAGAACUAGUGUUUAAGAGAGCUGACAUAGGGAUUUCUGCUUUAACCAUCACCCCUGAUCGAGAGAAUGUAGUGGAUUUCACAACCCGUUACAUGGACUACUCAGUGGGUGUGCUGCUUCGAAAGGCAGAGAAGACAGUUGACAUGUUUGCUUGCUUGGCACCAUUUGACCUCUCUCUGUGGGCCUGCAUAGCUGGCACAGUGCUUCUGGUAGGGCUGCUUGUCUACCUUUUGAACUGGCUCAAUCCUCCACGUUUGCAGAUGGGUUCAAUGACUUCUACAACACUAUACAACUCCAUGUGGUUCGUGUAUGGAUCCUUUGUGCAGCAAGGAGGAGAAGUUCCCUACACAACACUGGCAACCCGAAUGAUGAUGGGCGCCUGGUGGCUUUUUGCUUUGAUUGUCAUCUCAUCUUACACAGCAAACCUAGCGGCUUUUCUCACAGUCACUCGCAUUGAAAACUCCAUCCAGUCUCUCCAGGAUCUCUCCAGACAGACAGAUAUUCCUUAUGGCACUGUCUUGGACUCCGCAGUCUAUGAGCACGUUCGAGUAAAAGGGAUGAAUCCUUUUGAGAGGGACAGCAUGUAUUCCCAAAUGUGGCGGAUGAUUAACAGAAGUAAUGGCUCAGAGAACAAUGUGCUGGAAUCAACCGCAGGCAUUCAAAAGGUGAAAUAUGGGAACUAUGCUUUUGUAUGGGAUGCAGCGGUACUGGAAUAUGUGGCAAUCAAUGACCCAGACUGUUCCUUUUACACGGUUGGUAACACCAUUGCAGACAGGGGGUAUGGAAUUGCUCUUCAGCAUGGCAGCCCUUACAGAGAUGUAUUCUCACAAAGGAUUCUAGAACUACAGCAGAACGGAGACAUGGAUAUACUGAAGCAUAAGUGGUGGCCCAGAAACGGUCAAUGUGAUCUGUAUUCGUCAGUGGACACCAAACAGAAAGGAAGUGCUCUGGACAUAAAGAGUUUUUCAGGUGUUUUUUGUAUCCUGGCUGCUGGGAUUGUCCUUUCCUGUCUCAUUGCAAUGUUGGAAACAUGGUGGAAUAAAAGGAAAGGCUCCCGUGUCCCUUCAAAAGAGGAUGACAAGGAAAUUGACCUGGAACACCUUCACAGACGUGUGAACAGCCUCUGCACAGAUGAUGACAGCCCCCAUAAACAGUUUUCCACCUCAUCAAUUGAUUUGACCCCACUGGACAUUGACACUUUGCCCACACGCCAAGCACUGGAGCAAAUCAGUGACUUCAGAAACACUCACAUCACCACGACAACCUUCAUACCAGAACAGAUCCAGACUCUUAGCCGUACUCUGUCUGCUAAAGCCGCUUCUGGUUUCUCAUUUGGCAACGUACCUGAGCACCGAACUGGCCCUUUUAGGCAUAGGGCACCUAAUGGGGGGUUUUUCAGAAGUCCCAUCAAAACAAUGUCAUCUAUCCCAUACCAACCAACUCCUACUCUGGGGCUCAAUAUUGGCAGUGAUCCAGAUCGAGGCACCUCCAUCUGAGCAUCAAACCAAGUUUUGUCACUCUUUCUUUCUAGGACUCCCUUUGCAAGGAGCAGCUGUAAUAUUGUGGGACUAACAUGGAUGUAACUUUUUUAAAAAAAUCAAGAUUAUUAGUAACAACUUACUAUUUUUCCUUCCCUUCCUGCUUUAUCUGUCUCUGUCUCCUCCUCUCUCUCUGUCCCUCCUAUCUUUAAGUCUUUAGUCACCAGUUCCUUUUAAAGAAAAUCAUCACACAAGUUUUCUAGUAGCAUAUUUUCCAUAUACUUUAAGUAUAGGAAAUGUGCAGUGAAUAAUGCAUAAAAGACAAAGGGUUACUGCACGGAACAGCCUUUAUGUUCUCCCCCACCACACUGUUUUAUUUUUUUAUAUAAUUGCAAUAAUUUCAACCUUUACAUUUGUUCUGCUGCAUUCAUUCAGUGCUCCGCUGCUGUGUGUGUCCUUUUAACUGUGGACCAAAGGCAAACCCUGCAAUGUAAAAAACAAAAACAAAAAAAGAAAAAAAGAAAAAGAUAAAAAGGGGGGAAAAAAGAGAAAAAGAAUAAAAAUACCAUUCAGGCCACAUAAUAUGAGAAUGCAAUUUUGUAGGACUACAAAAAGCCAUUACUAUGCCAGUAAAAGACUACAGUUAAAUCUACUUUUGCACUGCAACAGUGCAUAUGAUCUUUAUGUGAUUGUACAGUGUUAAAAGUUUUUCUUAUGUACAGUAAACUGUAUCAUAUGGCAGAAGCCUAUGUUGUGUUAAAUAAAUUAGUAUCUCAUACAUAUAUAUAUAUACAUAUAUACAUAGGUAUGUAUAUAUAUAUAUACAUGUAUAUAUAUCUAUAAAAUGGCAGCCGUUGCUAUUGCAAUUCAUUUAAUAAAGCUUUAGUAAAAACGUGUUGUAUACAGGAAAGAUGUACAGUGCAGGGGGUCUUUUCAUUUAGAAAAGACAGGUUGCUUUAAUGUUAUUCUGACUUGCGUUGUUUGCCAACAGAGCAUAUUUUAUACUUUUUUAUUAGAACAUCCAGGGCAAUUUAAUGUUUGUACCUAGAUGUAACUCAUUUGAUUAGGUUUUGCAUUGGCUACUCGUAGUGUAUAAGGUUAGCCUUAAUAAUUUUACUUUUAAUUAAUUAGACAAAUGGAAAUCUCUUUUAGGUAAAACACAUCCAUGAACAACUAUAAUAUAGCUCUAGAGCUGUUUAAAUAUAGAUCAUUGAAGGCUAAUAAAUUAUCUUCCAGAUCCGUACAGUUAAUCAAUAUAGUAAUGGCGUUAGUGGGGAAAAAAGCCCUUGAGAAAUAUUGAUGUGGCCUUAAUUACAGUCAUAUAUUAUUCUAAGAAAAAAACAAAUAAAGAAGCACUUGUUUUAACCCUUAUUAUAUUCAGUUAUAUUAGAAGAGCUAUGUAUUUUUACAUUAGUGCCAACUGUAUAGAGCAAUGAGAAGAACAGCAGUGAGAGAAAAAACAGUGCCUGCUUUAGCACAGGUUUUUAAAAGUAACACUCUUACUUGUUAGAAAUGUAGAAUGAGCUUUCAGUUUGUAAUCCUUAAAACUAAAAAUGUGGUUAAGUAGAAAGCAAGCAAUUUAUCCUGUGUGGGUUUUUUGUUUUGUUUUGUUUAUUUGGUUUUUUUGUUGUUGUUGUUUUUAAAUGCACCAUACACUUAUUUUAACCUAACUCAUUCUGUGGCUAGAAUUGAUAUAUAAAAUCAGCCUAUGUGAUUUGCUUUAGGAUAAAUUAAAAGGUAUAUUCUUCAGAUCUAUUCUAUUUUGAUGCUAAUUCUGUUCUGGGGGAGCAUCUUGUACUGUCACUGUUUUUGUACUAAAUCUUCAAAUAUUGUCUACUGUGUAAGGCAGAACAAUUUCUUAUCAUGCAAAAGGCCAUUUUGUUUCCAGGGUAGCAAGUGUCUAAAAGCAUGCACAACUUGUUUCCCCUUGUACUAUCCAUGAACUCAUACACAACUCUGAUUAAAAAAAAAUAAAUUUAUUUACAACAAGCUAUGUAGGGACAAACCAGAUGUUGCAGUGAUUUUAGCUAUAAACAAACUGUUAAACAUGUACAAUAUUUAAAAUAGGCCUAUUUUGAUGUGUUGCCUAUUAUACAGAUACACAAAACACUUUUUGGAGGCCUCAGUUACAAGUGGCAGAGCUUUCUGUGUAUAAUUUGUCUAAAUAAUUUGUCUAAUAAAAUUGUUUUCUAAA